AUGUCUCUCGAAAAGAAGAAAGGAAUGCAGACCAAGAACAAGGUCCUUAUCAGCGCCAUCUCCCUCGUCGUCAUUGCCGGAGCCGCCGCCGGUGUCUACUUUGGAAUCCGCAACCACAACAACGCAAACGGUAUCUCGGGCAACGCCACGGGAGGCAACGCUCCUCCCAUCACCACCGCCCCAGCAAGAACUUCUGGUGCCCCUACCCCUAGCCCCACACCGGCCCCUCAACCAUUGCACAACGGCACCAUGGUCAACGGAACCCUCUUACCCUACUACACCCUGACGGGUCCCGCACCCGCACCUGCCACUAUUGCCGGCAAAGUCUACACUAACUGCAUCGUCCCUGGUACUUACUCCAUCUCCUACGACGACGGCCCCUCAACCUACACCAACGAGCUCCUUGACAUCCUGGACCGUGAGCAAAUCAAGGCCACCUUUUUUGUCAACGGAAAUAACAACGGAUGCAUCUAUGACCCUGCUGUCCGCGCAGCCAUCAGUCGUGCCUACAAAUCUGGCCACCAGAUCGCCUCCCACACCUGGUCUCACGUCGCAUUGACCACCCAGACCACCGCCCAGAUCACCACUCAGAUGCGCCGUGUCGAGCAGGCCCUCCUGGAGCUCAUCGGAGUCGUCCCCCGCUACAUGCGCCCUCCUUAUGGCGACGGCACCUUCGCUAACGGUAGCGCCAACGAUGUCAAGGUCCAGACGACGUUGGCUGGCUUGGGCUACGUCAUUACCACCUGGGACAUUGCCACCGGAGACGCCGAUAUCGAUGAUAACGACACCCCCCACAAGCUCUCUGACGCCGAGCUCGCUCGUCUGGAACAAGCUAAUGUUACCAAUGUCGUCAACGCCGACCCCAAGGGCGCCAACCACAUGCAGUUGAUGCACGAUACCUAUCAGCGCACUGUGACACAGUUGACCCCUUGGUCGAUUACCUAUAUCAAGGGCCUUGGUUACAAGCUCGUCACUGUUGCCGAGUGCCUCGGGGAUACUGAUCCCCGGAACUGGUACCAGACCUUCCAGGCCCCUAUCGCCAACCCACCCACCACCUGCACACCUUAG